AUGGCUUCAAUUGUGCGCCCAACAAUGCUAAAGCAGUCUUGCCUCAAGGCUGUAUCGAAACAAGCCUUUUCUACCAAGCCAGCCUCGACUUUCCCCGCCAUCAACAAGCCCGCAGCAUCCGUUCUCUCCAAGCAAGUGGCACGGAAUGCAUUUGCAAAGAGUGCCCUGCCAGGGUCAAUGAGAGUAGCUGCUUUUCACGCAAGUGGCAGACGAGCAAUUCUGCCCGCUCUACCUCCGAACGACGCCGCAAAGUUCCCAACCCCACAUCCCUCCCACGGUUCAUACCACUGGACAUUCGAGCGCGCCAUUUCCGUGGGGCUCGUCCCUCUCACAAUCGCGCCCUUUGCAGCAGGCUCCUUAAACCCCUUGACGGACGCCCUCCUCUGCGCCACGAUUCUGAUUCAUUCGCAUAUCGGCUUUGAGGCUCUUAUAGUGGAUUACAUUCCUACCAAGCGUCUGCCUAAGACUCGGAAGACGUUUGAUUGGGGAUUAAAGCUUGCUACGGUGGUGGUUGGUGUUGGAUUGUAUGAAUUUGAGACGAACGAUGUGGGCUUGACAGAAGGCAUCAAGAGGAUUUGGACGGCAUAA